GAUGAGUCAUCUGGCAGAUGGCGACGAACAAAACCUGUCAAAAGUGUCAAAACCGAAUCUUUUGAGUUUUCUAAAUAAACUAAAAUCGUUUUAGUUUUAAGUGUAUUGGACUUUUCGUGAUCAAAUCGUGUAGUUCCCCGGCGCCAAGAUGAGUUUCUUCGGGAAAAUGUUCGGCAAGAAGGAGGAGAAGGCCCCCUCGACAGGAGAGGCCAUCCAGAAGCUGCGCGAGACCGAAGACAUGCUCAUCAAAAAACAGGAAUACUUGGAAUCGAAGAUCGAACAGGAGAUUCUCACGGCGAAGAAAAACGCAUCGAAAAACAAACGAGCGGCCAUACAGGCCCUCAAAAGGAAGAAACGCUACGAGAAGCAGCUCCAGCAGAUCGAUGGCACCCUCAGCACGAUCGAGAUGCAGCGAGAGGCCCUCGAGGGGGCCAACACGAACACAGCCGUACUCAAAACGAUGAAAAAUGCCGCUGAUGCUCUCAAAAACGCCCAUCUCAACAUGGAUGUUGAUGAAGUUCACAACAUGAUGGACGAUAUUGCCGAUCAGCAAGACUUAGCAACUGAAAUUUCGAAUGCAAUUAGUAAUCCAGUCGGUUUCGGUGAAGAUAUGGACGAAGAUGAACUUGAAAAAGAACUCGAGGCUUUGGAGGAAGAAGCCUUGGAGGAGAAAUUGGUGGAGGUGCCUACGCCCCUACCGGCUGUGCCCACUGGCGAGAUUUCCAAACCAAAACCAGCAAAAAAAGUCGAGGAAGAUGAUGAUAUGAAAGAAUUGGAAAGUUGGGCCUCGUAAGUGGCGGAAUGGACUAACAGUUGAGUGUCACACAAUACAGCUUCAGCAACAUAGGCACGAAUGUUAGGCAAAGCAUUGUUUCAAAAAUAAAUCGCUUUUUUUAAUAUUGUACAUAAACAGGAAUAUUAUUGUGUAAGUCAAACAUGAUGUAAUCUAAUAUUGUUGGAUUAUUAAUUUUACUAUUCUGUUUGGUAGGAAAUAAAUAUAUUUACAUAA